UACACUGCCAUGUGUGGAUAACAGGACUAACAGGAUACCAUCUCCACUAGUCUACUGAACCAUAAUAGCCAGUAACUCGAUAUAUAGAACUAGCUACCACACUCAUAUUGCUACUGUGUGUCCUCUCAGCCCCUAAGAGAAUGUAUGGCUUGUUGCUCGACUCUAUCCAGAAGUUUAUAACUGAGAACUAUGGAGAGCGUUGUUGGGAGACUGUGCGUCAGAAAGUGGGUCUCAAGAAUCGCUGGUUUGUGACACACGAGGUCUAUUCUGACCAAGUGAUGAGAGACCUUGUAGCGGCAGUAUCUGUGGAGCUAGGGCAGGAGCCAGCCAUUAUCAUGAGACUGUUUGGAGAGUACUUUGUUCAGAGUGUUGGACAGUACGGUUAUGCUCGACUAUUGCGAGUGUUGGGACGAGAUUUGAGGGAUUUCCUGAAUGGAUUGGAUGAUUUACACGAAUAUCUUCGAGUCUCUUAUCCCAAGAUGAAGCCACCAUCGUUCUAUUGUGAGCAGGAGACAGAGCAUGGGAUGCUUCUUCACUACACCACUUCUAGGAAAGGAUUUAUAGAGUAUGUGAUUGGUCAGUUGAUACGUGUGGGUCAGAUCUAUGGCAAGCAGUUGGAGGUGGUCCAGAAGUCACUAGAGGAAACUGGGAAUGAGUUGCACUAUGUGUUAGAGCUGCGCUUUGACAAUAGAGAAUUGCUCUAUCACAAUCAACCCACAAUUUCCAAACUGCAGACCUUUUCCGUUGAUUCUGAGACAUUUCUGACAGCGUUUCCAUUCUGUUUUGUGUAUGAUAAGGAGCUUGUUAUACAGUGGGUAGGCAGGAAGCUUGAGCUGGUGCUACCAGGACUGGCUGGUAGAAGGUUGGCUCAAGCAUUCACACUGCAGAAGCCACACUUUUACUCUCCCUCAUGGAGUCAGAUAUGCUCCCGUUGCAACACUGUGUUUGAGCUAGUAUCCACAGAGCCAGUGACUAGAGCCCAUGCUCUGGACAGCAUUGAGCUAGAACCCUCCAACCCUCCAUUACUCACACUUAAGGGAGAGAUGCUGUUGCUCAAAGAAACACAAUCCAUUGCCUUCCUCUGCUCUCCUGUGCUUGAGAGUCCAGAGGAUCUUUAUCAGAGUGGCAUCUUUAUCAACGAUCUCUCGAAACAUGACUCUAGUCGAGACUAUGUUCUGGCUGGAUCUCGACAAAACCCAGAACUCAAUCUAGCACUCCACCAGGAAAAGAUACGUAGUCAUCAACUAGAGGAGAGCUCUCGUAAAACAGAUCAACUGCUGUUUCAGAUGAUACCCAAGCCAAUCGCAGAUCAGCUGCGCAGUGGAGAGACUCCACUCAACACAUGUAGAGAGUUUGAACAUGUAUCUGUGUUGUUCAGUGACAUUGUCUCCUUCACUCCAAUGUGCUCUAGACUCAGACCAAUGGAGGUGGUGUGUGUGUUGAAUGCCAUGUGUGUGGCAUUUGAUGGUCUUUGUGAUACACAUGGUGUGUACAAGGUGGAGAUGAUUGGUGAUGGGUACAUGGUCAUAUGUGGAGCUCCUGAAGCACAGCCGAGACAUGCUCUCUUCAUUACUGACUUUGCAUGCUCUAUAAUCGAUGCCACAUCCAAAAUCAAUGAUCCAUCCACAAACCAGCCGCUAGAAAUAAGAGUGGGUAUCCACAGUGGGCCGGUAGUGGGAGGUGUGGUGGGUGCUUCUAUCCUCCGCUAUGAUGUGUUUGGAGACACUGUGAAUGUGGCAGCAAGAAUGGAGGCAACUGGACAGCCCAUGCGUAUACAUGUGAGUCAGGCCACUGCCACAUUGCUCAAGGAAUCUCAGUUUAUUCUAGAGCAGAGAGGGCGUGUGGAAGUCAAGGGAAAAGGGCUCAUGACAACAUAUUGGGUGGAGGGCAAAAAAGAUUCAGUGACCCCUCUGCUUCCUGCUCCUAGAGGUCAACCACCCCCUACCUCAGUGACCCAUCUGCCCCCCGCUCCUAGAGUUCGCGAACCCCCCAGCCUCAAAAGAGUAUCACCAGAACCACAUGAAUGGCCACUAGCUGAUCAACUCACUCGAAGGAGACAUACUGUCGACACAGUCAGCAAUAGACCCCCCACCAUGCCCAAUACACCCCCCACCAUGCAAUUGUCUGAGCUGAACCUGUUGAGAAUUCGUGAGAGCCUAUCUAUCCCAGUAGAGGGUCCCACUGUGGGGUGUCCCUCUGUGGGGUGUGUGCCUGUAGCCCCUCCCACUCUGUGGGGAGUGGAUGAUUUAAGAGGCCUUGUUGCCAUGGCAGAGGAGAGCGCUGGACAUGCUCGAGUUGUUGCUGACAUGGCAGCAGACAUGAUGAGACAUGUACCACCACCACCACCACCUAGUGAACAACCUCAGUCCUGCAAUAUCUUAUAGAACCUUGGGUACAGUCAUUGAAUCAUUUUUAUAUUUAUUUAAUUGUUUGGCAAUCAUUAGUUUUAUUACAAGAUAUUAAAUGAAGAUAAAGACA